AUGGCCUCCUCUCGAUUAGUUUCUUCUAGUAGAAGAGAACUUAAUAAUGAUGAUCAUAAAAAGGCUAAUCAUUCGUUGCUUGCUGCAAUUCGAUUUACAUUUAUACCACCAUCAUUAUUUGAAACAACUUGGAUCAGUUUGAUGAAUGAGUAUACACCAACUGAUUAUCAAAUGACUUUACAAUUUACUGAUUUUAUGGUAUCCACAUAUGCAGAAAAUGGUUCAGCCCGAUUUGUUAUGGAGGGUGUGAGUGUUCGCUUUUUCUUGUCUUACACUCCCACUUCCACCGACGUAGUGAUCAAGUGUGGCAAUUACCAUAGCAAAAUUAUCAUUGCCACACUAAAUAUUUUGAUUCUGGCUCAUCAAUAUAUACCCACACCCGUACAGCGACGCUUAACUUUUGAACGCACUAAAGCACACAUUUUUGUAAGAGUUGAUCAGGCCAAAUAAUUCGACCUGGUCUGACUUGGUAGCCUGUUCAUGGAUUUUCAGGUCUGUGAUAGUUCAGAGUUCUAUGAAUCAAUUAUUUUUCAAACAUUGGAUUCAGUGAGCAGUUAGUGUUCAAAUAAACUUGUUCUAUCGAUAAUAGAAACCUAGUGAUGCUAUUCAGUAGUUAUUUCAAUUGUGAAAAAAGAGUUGUGUAACUAACCAUAGUUUAGCUCUUUGAUUGAGAAAUUUCACCCAGUACCCUGGUCGUACCCUUGUUACGACAGUAUACAUUCACACUUAUUGUAUAAAAGUAAUUAUGGUUUCAAGCGAUGAUACCACUUCUAAUGUGUACUUCUGUUUGCAUUUAUGAAAUUCUUAUUCAUUAAAGCUAGUUCAAGAAGACUUGUUUGAAAAUAAGGGUGUGGGUGUGGGUGGGUGUGGAGUAUGGGUGUAGGUGUAGGUGUAGAUGUUUUCUGUCUUACAAUCACACCAAUACUCACACUCACAGCCAUCAUCAUCAUUCAUUUAUUCAAUAGUUUCCGUUUCACCUACUGCACCAACAACAUUGACAUAACCUUGAACUACCACCACUUCUCCCUAGAUAAAACUAACAAACGCUCAUCUUAAUUUCUAUGUAAUCAGCACAUCUUCUAUUUCAAAUAAAAGCACUUGUCACAAAUUAGUUCAUUUUCUACAAUCACCUCAUAACAUUAUAGCACUAUUCGCAUCACUCUAUCGUCGACUUUCGUUUUUGGAUAAUAAAAACGAUCCUUCAUAUGGAUAAAAAAGGAUUAUCUCAGAACUCAUAUACAUGAUAAGAACCACCAUAACCAAUACUUACAAAGUCGUGACCUCUACCAAAUUCUCAAACAAUCAAAUUAACGUAAAUCCGGUAAUUGGUUGCUCAUGCUUGAACAUUACUUUUGAGUAUUCUGACACUAUUACUUUCCGGUCAUAUCACAGCAGUUUUUCAUCUUCGUGAUGAAAUUCAACCUUCUGAUGAUCUGUUGUCGUCAGAUAACAGUGAAAUCAGUAAUGGUUGCUCAUGCUCAAUAAUGAUAUAAUAUGUUCAUAUAUAUUGGAGGGUGUGAGUGU